AUGCCGUCUGCUUUAAGAAGAUUGUUCGCAACAAUAUUGGUAUUUUGUUUACCAAUUGGAGUAAGAGAAUUGUGGAAUGAGUUCUAUCCAUAUAUGAUAGAAGAUUACCCAUCAACAUCUGUUACAACAGAGACACAUCGUACAAAUAAACUUCUCAAUGAUUUAGAGGCAUUACUCUUGCAACAUGGAAAGCAUAUUACAGAGUAUGAUUUGCCGAUUUUAACUGGAAAAUGUGACAAUGAUUUAACUAUACCAAGACUCAUACAAGAUGAGCUAACUAUUCCUAAUAUAGAUGAAGAAUUCACUUUAAUUGAGAAGUUGAAUAACGACCAGAGACUUGCAUAUGACACAAUCAUGACAGUUAUUGAUCGUAACGAAAGUAUGAUAUUCUUCGUCGAUGGGCCAGGGGGAACUGGGAAAACAUUUUUGUAUCGCACAAUAUUGGCAGCCUUGAGAAAAGCUGGUCACAUUGCAAUUGCCACAGCUACAUCUGGCAUAGCAGCAACGUUACUCCCUGGUGGAAGAACAGCGCAUUCCAGGUUUAAGAUUCCUUUAACUCUAGAUGCUUCAUCUACUUGCUCAAUAAGUAAACAAUCAGACUUAGCUGAGCUUAUUAGACGUGCCACCAUAAUAAUUUGGGAUGAAGCCCCAAUGGUAAAUCAACGUGCACUUGAAUCUUUAGAUAGAACAUUUAGAGAUAUUAUGGAAGUAAAUUUACCUUUUGGUGGGAAGGUGCUAAUUUUGGGUGGAGAUUUUCGUCAAGUACUUCCGGUUGUUCCAAAGGGUACAAAGGCAAAAAUGAUUGAUGCAUGCAUAGUCAAGUCCCCAUUAUGGAAAGAUGUCAAAGUGUUACAUUUGAAGCAGAAUAUGAGGUCUAGCAAUGAUGAAGAGUUUGCUGAGUACAUACAACACAUUGGUGAUGGGAAUGAACCAUAUAUAAUUGAUGAUUUGAUUAAACUACCCCCUUCAAUGGCAAUGCAAUGGGAGGGUCAGCAUUCUAUAUACAACUUGAUUGAUCAAGUUUUUCCAAAUUUACAAGACCAUGUCAAUGAUGCAAGGUAUAUGGUUGAUAGGACUUUGCUAACACCUAUAAAUGAUGAUGUUGAACAACUUAAUGCAAAGAUAAUUUCUCAGUUUCCAGGAGAUGAGUUUACAUUACAUUCUUUUGAUGAGGUUGAAGGAGAUACACAACAUCUAUAUCAACAAGAAUUCCUAAAUUCUAUAUCUCCAGGGGGUUUACCACCACAUAUAUUACGGCUAAAAAAAGAUGCUCCAAUUAUGUUGUUGCGCAAUAUAGAUCCAAAAGCCGGAUUAUGUAAUGGUACAAGAUUGAUAUGCCGUGGAUGUUUUAACAACGUAAUUGAUGCUGGAAUUUUGACUGGACAAUAUGUAGGUACACGCAUUUUUUUGCCAAGAAUCCCUUUGAAGACAACAGAAAAUGUACACCUGCCAUUUGUAAUGAUCAGACGACAAUUUCCUGUACGUUUAAGCUUUGCACUUACAAUAAAUAAAGCGCAAGGUCAGACAAUUCCAACUGUUGGAAUUUAUCUUCCUGAUCAUGUUUUUAGUCAUGGCCAAUUAUAUGUGGCAUUGUUAAGGGGAGUCUCCCAAUCCACUACAAAACUAUUGGUGCAAAAAGGCAGAAUACCUGAGGAGGAAGGAAGGAUGCCUAACUCAAAUGUGAGGAUUGAGUCCACUAUGCUAAAUAAUGGAGUGCAUGCUUUUCCUACUGCUCAUUGGGAAAAGUGGAAGGAUGAUCAGUCAAUAUCGAACAUGGAGGCCAUUGAUAACAAGGUUCGAAAAUUGCAAAUUUAUUCACCUGGUUGGGGAUUCACUGUUCGAGCUGACAAGAAAGAGCUUUGGAGAGAAGUGAAACGAGUUUUAGAGUCACAAGAAUUGGAAAGGACCAAGAACAAAGACAAACAACAAAUCGCUGUCAAGAGCAAUGAAGUUUCCAACAUCCAUAAGAAUAAAGACAAAGGAAAAAUGAAGGACGAUGUGAUCUCUAACACUCAUGCCAACAGAGACAAACAGAGAAUGAAAAUCAAGGACAAUGUGGUUUCCAACAUCAAAGAGCAAAAAAAGAUACGAACAAAAAAAAUCAAGGACGAUGCAAUCUUCUACACCAAAAACAGUAAAGACAAACAGAAAAUGAGAGUUAAGGACGAUGUGAUAAUAAAGCAGUUCUUCAAGUCCCAAGCUGAAGUAGACCAUUUCACAUACAUGGAGCUAUGCAAUAUCAUCACAAGGUUCAUGGCAAAUGCUGCUGGAAAGCAAUUAGAAUGUGAAACAAAUAGCAUUGCUCCACCAACUUCUCCACCGUAG